UCUAUUUAUAUCUUUGUCAUAUCAACAGGAAUUCUUCCUAUUUCGUUGUGGUAGUUUCGCCAAGACAGAAAAAUGGAGGUUUGAUCAUCUAGAUGUAAGCAGAGCUCCGUGAAUGGACCAGGGGAAGGCUUUGGUUCAACUCUCUUCCUUCAGUUUUAUCCAGGUUGCUUGGUGCACAGUUGGGGGUCAGAAUGAAGCUGCACAGUGGUAUCAGUGCUAAGCACUUGCUACAGAUGCUUGGGGAGUCCCUUCACAAAGAGCAGGGACAAUGGAAACCUGUGUCAUACAAAACACAAGGCAAUGAACAUCAGGAGGUACUAGGACAACACAGAGAUGAGAUUGUUUCCUGGAUCAUUUACCAGAACAACACUUUCCAUUUCUCUCCCGAAACUGUUUGUCUCAGUAUUUACCUUUUGGACAAAUUUCUUCAACAUGUUAAGGUUCGCCCCAAGUAUCUCCAUUGUGUCGCAAUCAGCUGCUAUUUCAUCGCAGCAAAGACCCUAGAGGAAGAUGAGGUAAUACCCUGCACCGUGGAUCUUGUGAAGAUAAGUCAAGUUUCCUGUUCUGUAGCAGAAAUUCUCAGGAUGGAGGCAGUGAUUCUCAACAAACUUAACUGGAACAUCAAAUAUGUAACAGCAACUGACUUCCUUCACAUUCUCCAUGCUAUGCUGAUGUGUUACCACCCCCAACUGUUGGAUGGUCUGAGUGACAUGACACCCUCCCAACAUCUUGGUGUCCUCACACGGAAACUCUUCUUCUGCCUCAGCAACCACCGCCUGCAGACAUUCAAACCGUCGGUCAUCUGUCUGGCCAUGAUCAGUCUGGAGCUGGAACAGAUAACCCAGAAUUGGUUCUCCAUCAUGCUCAUGAUACAACAGAUGGCAGGGAUGGACAACAAAUCCCUGGUUUGGUGCCGAGAGCUAAUAAGUCGGUUCCUCGUUGAAAAGCACUUGCUUCCUACUGGGUACCACUUUUUGCCCCACCACCCACUCCGGCGCAUCAAGACCAUGAAACGGAAGGCUGAGCAGGUUGAGUCUGAUGAGGAGGUAGAAGAUGAUAUUUCGGAUGCUAUCAAGAGGCUCUACAAUGAGGACACAAGUUGUGAUGGCAGCUUGCUACGGGUGUCAUGUGGCUCGGAAGUGCACCAAGAUACUGAAGGAACAGGUGGACAACUCAAGCCUACACCUGUAGCCGCCAACUAAUAAAGCACGCUCUGUUGAAUCUACUUCUCAAUGCUUGUACAAGGUUCAGUUAUUUCUAUGUUAGACUAAAAAAUCUCCACAAAUUAGAUGUCGCACUAUCUAAUAUUGCAUAUCGAAAGUUUCAUUUCCAGAAAGCAGAUUGCCUUAUUUAAUUUGCAUAUUGUCGUUUCGAAAAAAUAUUAAGUUAUUGAAUCGAUACAGAUUUUAAUGUAAGGAAAUUUUCUUGCCACAUAUGGACCUUGCAUAAUGCUUGAAGGUAGAUUUCUUCUGCACAAAGCAAGUUAGAAGUACUAGAUAGAAUAGUUACCCAAUGGUUACAAGACACUUGUAUAUGUAAGAAUACUGCAGUUUUAUCAGUACUUACAUUUUAGUAUUGCCUCCUGCAAGUCUGCACCCCUCAAGCCCUUACACUUGUAUGUAUUAUUAAGUAAAAUACUUUUUUUUUUUUUUUAUUUAAUUGUUAAGUAAGAAAGUUGAUGAUAGUAACAGUGCAAUGGACUAUGAAUUAGGUUUGUUUUCAUAUGAAAGUCUGUGAUAAUUAUUGAUGAUUAUUGAUUUGCAAAGAGAAAAGUUGCCAGUAAGUUAAUAUUUUCUAUCGUUUAUGUCUUAGCAAGAUUGUUGUUAAAAAGAGAUAGUAAGAUUGUUGUUAGAAAUGAGAAAAUAACUGAUGUACAGUUUAUAUAGUUUUUUUUUUUUUUUUGUAAAAGUUAAUAUAUUUUUGUUGAUAGUGUUAAAGUGUGGUGAUAUUUAGUGAUAUUCAUUGUUUAUUUAAAUAAUUUUUGUUUAUUUUCUCCUAGCUACCAAACUUAGAUAAUUUUAUUUUUGAUUUCCAUGGUUUUAAUCCAAGGGCUUGAGGGAGGUAUGAAUCCUUUUUAUCAGUAAAAUACGUAGCAAAAAAAAAUUAUAUAAAAUUGCCACCAGCGAGUCUGUAGAGACAAUUAGUGUAUUUAUGUUCAACGUUACAAAUUUAAAAAAUGAAAAAAAAACCUAACAUUAAAAAAUAUCUAUGUCUAUAAAAAAUACAAAGAAAUAUGAAAAUGUUAAAAAAAAUGUCUUUCAUUUGUAUGUAUUAUAGUUUGUAUGCAACAGAGAUGCCAUAUUCCUUGGAAUUAUUUUAAUUCUUUAAACACAUAUGUAAAUAUUCAAUAUAAGCAGGAUCUUUUAACAGGGAUAAGUCUAGAUCAGGACUAUUCCUAUGUGAGAGGCAGCAGAUCCAUUGAGUAGAUGUAGAUUGGGACACCUGCUGUAAAUAUUGUCGUGGUGGAGAGGCGCACUGUUAGAAAGGGAUGCACCACAGAAAGCUACACAACAUUGAAUGGCAAUAAAAUAAAGAUAAAUAUAUAUUUAUUUGUAUUAUAAUAGCAAGUUAUUGUUGAAUUAUCAGUUAUCAUAAUUUCUUUAUACGGUGUGUUACAGUUAUAUAUACUUGUGCAAAUACCCUUUGAUAUAAGAACCUUAUCAUUUUUUCUCUCAUAGAACAUUCCAUGGACAAUUGUUGAGAUGAUAACGAGUUUAUUAAUUAUUUAUUUCAUUUAUAUUAUUGGGGUAUUGUAUUUGCCUUUUCCCAUUUAAUUUUUCCACAGUGCGCCUUUCCACUAUGUGGUGUAUAGAAAGAUAAUGAUGAAUAUAUUGAUGAGGACCAUUACACGUUUAACAAAAAAUGUUAUCUGUACUUUGUUGAUCAAGUGGUGCACAGAUGCAUGCACUUAUGGUUUGAGUUAAGAUAUUACAUUGGAACAUAAUUUGUUUCAUGUUUCUUAUGAUUUUGAAAUACUCUUUUUGUAAAGGAAAAUUAAUUACCUAUAUGUUAAGGCAUUGUUGACCUUCAGUUGUCCUUGUUAUUCCAGACUUUGACAAUCGUCGUGUACAAUGAGGUAAAAAUGACUAUAAUCAGAGAAGUAAUACGAGCGAGUUUGAUCAUGUCACCAACAAUGUUAGAUGAGAAAGAGAGGGAGUGAAGGAAAAAUAAUCUUGUUUUUUUUUUAAUUUAUUAAUUAGUCUAUAAUCAUUUCAUAAUAGUCAUAUGGAAAACGAAAAUCUCAUGGUUUUACUAAAAAAGUUUUUUGAACACUUCAACAGUCAUUUGUGAGAAUUAUUACUGGUUUUAUCCAGUGUGAUCUGAAUGGAAAUCUUAAUGAGGAGAGAGACUGAAAAUCAUGGUAAACAUGUGACUGAUGGGUCAGUAUGUUACAUAUAGGGAGAAACGAAAGUAACUCAGGGUAAACAUUAGUUACACUGAUAUAAUAGCCAAAGUAAACAAAUUGGGUAUAUGGUCACCAUCUAGUUAGAGUGUAAUUGUCGUUCAUUUCAUUGUAUGUUGUACGUUAAUUAGAAUUUAUAUUCAUUUAUCAUUUCAUUCAUUAUUAGUCCCUUUAUAUGUACUAUUGUUAAUUUUCCAGGAGGCACCAUGAAGAAAAUUAUUUUAUCAUUCCUUCAAUAAGAGGAAUCCCACCCAUUAUUCAUUAAAUAUCUACUAGGUUUCAUAACUAUUUUGUUUAAAUAAUCAAAAAAAUGACAAAUACUUCAAUCAUUACUCUCAUCACAUUUGAUUCCCUUCAUGGUGCCGAAGUGGAGGCGAGAGAUGGUGUCUGUACUGUGUGCAGAUAGUGGUGUCCCCACAAGCUGGAGAGGCAAUAAAUCUCUGGUGGCAAUA